AUGACUGCUCUUCGAGGUCGAACUAUGGCACAAAUGGUUACUAGUAACAGUUUUAGAAAUCCCUCAAUAGCUCAUGACUACGUAAAUGUCAAUGAAAAUAAUGCAGUAAUAGUAGAGGAUUCAAUGAUUCCAGCAGAAGCUUUUACUGAAGAUUG